ACAACACCAACAAUAACCUAUCUAAACUUUAUUUCCCAAAUUCUCGUAUUUUCCAGGCAUAUUCAAGAGCAUUUGCAUGUACCAAUCGAUACCAGCAAAAUGUCCGAAGCCGAAUUGCAAUUUCAUUAUUUCAAAAUGCACGAUUCCGAUAACAACAACAAACUAGAUGGCUGUGAAUUAAUCAAAUCCUUAAUACAUUGGCAUGAGCAAGGCAGUAAGGAGGGUACUGAUGGUCAACAGCCUCAUGUGGAGGAAAAAAUUUUCACCGAUGAAGAGCUGGUGGCUUUAAUUGAUCCCAUCUUGCAAAUGGACGAUUCUUCGAAAGAUGGUUACAUAGACUAUCCAGAGUUUAUGAGGGCCCAACAGAAAUCGCAACAGCAACAACAGCAGCAGCAGCAGCAACAACAACAACAACCACAAAUACAACAGACAUAAUUGGCUCCAUUAUGUGUGAUUUCUAAUACUUAGCAUCUUCCCUUUUUUCCCUCAAAAUUUGUGUUUCUUAUGUACCUUUCUUGUUUAACUUGGAAAUCUCCACGACCCCUAUCUCCCUUACUUAACAAUUCCAAAUUGAUAGCUCCAUUUUUCGAAUAUCUAUAUAUAUUUUUUUACACAA